AUGCCUACACCGCUGGACAAAGCUCUGCAGUCUAAGAACCUACUUGUCGGGUUUGUUGGUCUUGUGACAGUUGCUGCAGUAUGGAGUAUAUGGGGAAGUGAAAUGUUCCCCGCUGAAGCCGAUCCAACUGGAGAUCCUGAAUAUUGGACGUUUGACGAGCUACGUAGGUGGCUCCGAGUGCGUGGACUGCUUCCUAAUGAGAAGGCUUCAAGGGAAGAGUUGUUGGAGAGGGUAAAAGCCAAUAUGAGGCCUUAG